AUGAAGCAGAGGUUUUCAUCUUUGGACGUCAAGGUCAUCGCUCACGAGCUCCAGGAGACCUUGACGUCUCUGCGCGUGUCCAACAUCUACGACCUGUCCUCCAAGAUCCUCCUCUUCAAGUUCGCCAAGCCCGAUAACAAGAAGCAGCUCGUCAUCGAGACCGGAUUCCGAUGUCACCUGACCGAAUUUGGCCGCACCACCACGGGAGCUCCGUCGCCAUUCGUCGCUCGACUCCGCAGAUUCCUCAAGACGAGGAGGGUCACGUCGGUCUCGCAGAUCGGCACUGAUCGUAUUAUAGAGUUCCAGUUCAGCGAUGGACAGUAUCGUCUGUUCUUCGAGUUCUUUGCCAGUGGCAACAUCGUUCUGACCGACGAGAGCCUCAAGAUUCUGGCAAUCUCACGAAAUGUCGCUGAAAGUGGAGACCAGGAGGCACAGCGUCUCGGAGUUCCAUACUCGCUUGAGAACAGGCAGAACUAUCGCGGGAUCCCGCCCAUGACGAAGGAGAGGGUUCGGAACGCCCUGCAAAAGGGCAUCGACAAGGCCUCCGAGAGUGCGGCGUCGGCUAAGAAGGGCAAGGUGAAGGCUGGCGGUGACCUGCGAAAGAGCCUCGGUGUCGCCAUCACGGAGGUGCCCCCUGUGCUGGUCGACCACACCCUGCAAGCAAACAAUUUUGACCUGACCAAGUCGCUUCCGGAAAUACUUGAAAGCGAGACACUCCUAGAUGACCUCUUGAAGUCACUCGUCGAGGCUCGUCAGACAGUCGAGAACAUCACCUCCUCUGGCCCCUGUAAGGGAUACAUCUUCGCGAAAUACCGGAAAGCUCCAUCACAGGUGGCCGACGACGACCAGAACGAUGAAGAAAAGGAGCGGUCGAAGCGAGAUAAUCUACUCUACGACGACUUUCACCCUUUCCUACCGCAAAAGCUUGCCCGAAAUGAUGAGGUCGCCGUCUUGGAAUUUCAGGGCUACAACAAGACGGUUGACGAGUUCUUCUCAUCACUGGAGGGUCAGAAGCUGGAGUCCCGCCUCACCGAGCGCGAAGCUACGGCACGGAGGAAGCUGGAGAGCGUGAGACGAGAGCAGAGACAGCGCAUCGAAGGCCUCCAGGAAGUCCAGGCAGCCAACCUCCGUAAGGCUGCUGCCAUCGAGGCCAAUGCGCAGCGCGUUCAAGAGGCCAUGGAUGCUGUAAACGGUCUGCUUGCGCAGGGCAUGGACUGGGUCGACAUUGGAAAGCUGGUUGAGCGGGAGAAGAAGCGCCACAACCCCGUUGCCGAAAUCAUCAAGACCCCGCUCAGGCUCGAGGAAAACAUCAUUACUCUGAUCUUGUCGGAGGAGGAUCUCGCUGAAGAGCAGGAAGACGACCCGUAUGAGACAGACGAAGGAUCGGACGACGAAGAGGGCGGCGAUGCCCACGGCGACGCCAAGGCCAAGGCGACUGCCAAUGCCAAUGCGUUGGCAGUUGAAAUCAACCUCGGCUUGACGCCCUGGGGCAAUGCACGGGAGUACUACGGCGAGCGCAAGAUGGCCGCCAUCAAACAGGAGAAGACGCAACUGGCCGCGUCCAUGGCGCUGAAGAACUCGGAACAGAAGAUCGCAGCUGACCUCAAGAAGGGGCUCAAGCAAGAGAAGGACCUCUUGCAGCCCAUCCGACGACUGAUGUGGUUCGAGAAGUUCUUCUGGUUCAUCUCGUCAGAUGGCUACCUUGUCAUCGGCGCCAAGGAUGGCACCCAGAGCGAGAUCAUGUACAAGCGCCAUCUGCGCAAAGGCGACGUCUACUGCCAUGCCGACCUCAGCGGCGCCUCGGUCGUCGUCAUCAAGAACAACCCCAAGACACCCGAUGCGCCCAUCCCUCCGGCCACCCUGUCCCAAGCCGGGUCCCUGGUUGUUUGCACUUCGGAGGCCUGGGACUCAAAGGCCGGCAUGGGUGUAUGGUGGGUAAAUGCGGAACAGGUGUCCAAGUCGGCGGCUACCAAGGGAGAUUACUUGCCCCUAGGCGUCUUCAACAUCGGCGGGGAGAAGAACUUCUUGCCGCCCAACCCGCUCAUCAUCGGUCUGGGUUUCAUGUUCCGCAUCAGUGACGAAAGCAAGGCCCGGCACCUCAAGCAUCGCGUGAAUGACGACGACGGCGACGACGGGACGGCUGUCGAGUCUGCGAAGCGUCCAACGCAGGACGAGCUUCAAGCCGCAGAGCAAUUGCUGGACAGCGUUGCGGACGACGCAUCGGCCGUCGGGGAUGAGUCCGCACCCGAAUCCUUGAAUGGCGAUGUGCGCGAGAACCCUCUCCAAGGAGGCGGAGACAAGGCCGAUGCAGAAGACGAGGAGUCAGACGGCGAUGUCGCUGCGGCAAGCAACGGUGUAUCAGACAUACUGCUCGGAGACAAGAACAUUAGCAAAGCGACGAGAGCCACCACCGAAAAGGACGAGACGAAAGAAGCAGCCUCCCAGGGUAGUGACGAUGAUUCUGAGGACGGAGCCGAUGUGACAGAGUCUGUUGCAGCUCCCUCCGAGGCACCGAGUAAAGGCACCCGCUCGACCAAGACAAACAACGAUACGGCAAAGGGCCCGCCGAAGCGUGGUAAGCGCAGCAAGGCCAAGAAGAUUGCCGCCAAGUACAAAGACCAGGAUGAGGAGGAUCGGGCGGCGGCAGAGGCGCUCAUUGGCGCCAAAGCCGGGCGACUCAAAGCGGAGGCCGAGGCCAAGGCCAAGGCCGAGCGCGAGGCAGAGCUGGAAGCGGCCAAGGAGCGACGCCGGGCGCAGCAUGAAAAGCGUCAGAAGCAGACAGCCGAGCACGAGGAGGUCCGGCGGCGUGCCAUGCUGGAGGCUGGCGCUGGAGGUGACGGCGACGCGGCGGCGGCAGCCGCGGACGAUGAGGCCCACCGCACCACGUCCCUGGACGAACUGGUCGGCACGCCGAUGCCGGGCGACGAAAUCCUCGAGGUGCUGGCCGUGUGCGCGCCGUGGAACGCCAUGGGCAAGUUCAAGUACAAGGUCAAGAUGCAGCCGGGGUCGACCAAGAAGGGGAAGGCCGUCAAGGAGAUACUCGAGCGUAUCAAGAUUGACAGCGGCAAGAGGGCUGUCGUCGACGAGACGUCGCGCAACAAGGACAAGAUGUGGCCGCGAGAGGUGGAGCUCAUCAAGGCUCUCAAGCCGGAGGACGUGGUCAAUAGUGUUCCCGUCGGCAAGGUGAGGAUCAUGCUGACUGGCGGGACGUCUGGUGGGGGAGGGGGUAAGGGUAAAGGAGGAGGAGGAGGAGGGAAAGGUAGAGGAAAAGGGAAGAAAUGA